AUGAGCCUCUGCGCCUGCCCCGCGUCGGGGCGCCCGUACCCCUCCACACUGCUAAAGCAGUUUGCCGAUCCUCGCGGCCGCGCCAUCUCCUGUUUCGCCAUCGCGGAAGCCCACGGUCUCGUCGCGGUGUCGACAGAAACCUAUGACCCGCAGACUCAGGUUUUGCUAGACAGGGCGUACGGCCGAGUGCCGCGAAGUAAUGCACCCGACAACACUCCGCGGGGUGAGAGUUCUGAUGCCCUUCGGUCAGGCACCAGCGACAAGCGACGAGGAGUCUGCAAGGGCACAGACGCGUCUCAGCAGCAGCCCGAAGUGCGCUACAGGCAGGGUUCUGGCCGGUGUUGUGCUUCGCAGAGUUCCUACCGCGACCAGGGGAGGGCCCCAGAUGCGCAGGCGGAGUGCGUCGGCUCUGCUUCUCGACUUGCCGCCUCGUCAGUCGAUGGCAGAGGUGAAAGCGGGGACCCGGCGGCUUUUCGCUCCGGAGCCGGCAUGUCUGCAUGGACUGAAAAGAGCAUGGAGGAAAUAAAAGAUACUCAGCAUCGUCAGAGGCAGUGUUUUGACAACCCUGAUGUCUGCGGCAGGUGCGUCAUUUUCCUCGACAGCCGGUCGCUCCUGCCCCUGCGAGAAGUCGUUGUGGGCGACUUGCCUGAUCGGUGUCACAGCAACUUGAUCUGUUGCUGCUGCUGCGGCCGCUGCACCGACGGCCUCUGUCGGAUGUGUCGCUCUGCACGCAGGCAUCAGUUUGGCGGGAUGAUGACAGAGCGCCGCGCUGGCUCACCUCAGGUCUGUGCAGGGCGAACUCCAGGAACUGGCGAGGGCCGGCCCUCCCCUUCUUUUCACUUCAGUCGGCAACUCGAAGGUUCGCUUGAUGAAUCCGAGGCUUCACCUGAGUCCCGUCGGUCUCGUAGGCAGCCCCGGUCAAGGGCGGCGUCGCUCGCGUGCAAUGGAGUCCCCUCUUCCUGUGCGUCUUCGCCUUUGCGUCAAAAGGACAGAGGGGAACGUUUUUCUGCGCCCUCAGGCCGCGGAAACGCAGAUGCCGAUCACGGCUCGGCGGCGGCUUUUCAAGAGCGACGGCCACAGUUUUUCCGCUGUGAAUCUCUGGCGUUCGCUUGCCAAGACCGACUCCUCUGCGUCGUGUCCCCUUUCGCGGGCGUCAAGAUUAUCCAGCUUGCUGCCCUCCCGUUUUUCCGCGCCAGCGACUCGUCUUUACUUUCCUCGGGCGGAUGCGCUGACAGCCGCUCUGCUCUCUGCCUUGCUUCCUCGAGUCCUCUGCGCCGCCCGCCGCGGGUCUCGGCCGGAGCCGCCCCGCCGGGGGCCCCCUGGGCGACGGUCCCCACCGCAAUUGCUUUUGACAUCGAGGGCCGAUAUCCGCGGCUGCUCACGCACCUCGAGUUUGUCGCAAGUUUCGCGGAGAGUUCUGCCGCGCGUCUUGAGGACUUCCGCGUGCUGGAUGCCGGCCGCCUCGACAGGCAAGAGCAGCAGGAGGCCCUGCUCAGUCGCAUGUGGCUCGCUGACGCGUGGACCGGGCCUUCCUGUGGCUCGGCGGACGCGUGGGACGACGCGGCGGCGUCGUCGUCCGGCAAGGCGCUUCCGGGCGUCCCGCCGAAGCCGAAGUGGCCCUCUCGCGCGACUUCGCCGCGGUUUGCAGGCCCGUGCACCUUCUUGGAUUGCCUUGUGCACUUUCAGGGCCACCCCCCAGUCCGCAUGGUCCUAGAUGUCACCCACGGGAACCGCGUGCUUCGGUGCAUGAGUUUGCUCUCCAGCGAGCUGCUGUCUCUCUGUUGUGCGCCGUGGCGACCUCAGCCGCCGGCCGAUGCGCCGCCGAAUGCCGCACCUCCGUCGAUGCCGGCCGCAGUCCCAGCUGCGCGGCCAGAAAAAACCAUGCGUGCAGCCUGCCCUCGAAGUCGUUCAUCCUCGCUGUCCUCCUUCUCCGGGCCUCCGUCGUCUCCGGCGCUGUCUGGGUCUGCGUCGCGGCCGUCGUCCUCGCUCGCUAGUAGGUCGCGGGCGUCGUCGCCGUCGCCCGCCUUUUCACCCUACACGGGUGCGCGGCUGCUGAGGGACGCGCCGUCGGCCCCCCAGUCGCCUGCUGCGGGCUCAGCGGCGGAGACUGGGCACGAUCCCUCCCUGGCGCCGCAACUAGACGCGGGUCCGACGUGCCCCGAGGAUGCGGGCGCGAGCCGCGCCGCAGAUCGCGCAGGGGCGCUUCGAGGGCAUGGCACUCUCGCGUCGCCGCCGGCUCCACCGGCGCGGCCCGCCCCUGGGGCGGCCUCCGCGGGCGCCGGCGCGCCUCUGAAUGAGCGCGACUUCGCCGAGGGGACGUGGAAGGUCAAGGACGGCGUCGGAUUCCCGUUUGCGGUCUUCAAAAAGAAAGAAGACUUCCGGUUGCGGCUGACAGCUGGGAUCCAUGUGACGCACCCCACCCCAGUGUCGCCUCGCCGCGCUCCCGAGGCCAAGGGCGCCGGCAGGACUCUCCUGUCGUCGCUGGUGCCUGCCACCAGCGGAGGCCGCUCGCCAGAGGAGGCAGUGGAGAAGAACCGCGGGCGCGCGCGAGGAACCGACUACAGCGUCACGAAUGUAGUGGUGCCCGACAAGUCGUUCAGCCACUUGGAGGCGGACUUCGCGACCAGCGCCUUCCGCCAGCUGCUGUUGUCGCAGCAGCCCGCGGGUAACGCGAAGCGGAAAGACACGCGUGGCGAGAAUCUAGUUCAGUUGCUGCCUCUGCCGGCGCGCCCCGACGGGCUGCCCACACUCGCGGAUCUCACGCCAGGGCUGCGGCCAUCCCCUGGGUCGGCCGCCGAGGCGCAGAUGGAGCAGAAGUCGUCUUAUGCGCGCCGAGACGGGAGAGGCGCUGAAAGCUCUGCGGCGGGGCGGAGGCCCCCCAGCAGCCGGGAGGACAGCGAAGAGGAUGACGAUGAAGACGACGAGGCGGAUGAAUUUGAGAACGAAGAAGACGGGGCAGGGGACGUCCACCCCGAAGAAGAGUGGCUCGUCGCGCUUGCGCUCCCGCACGCGCUUGUUGCGGUGAUCGAUCUGCACCACAGAGUGGUCGCCAGGCACAAAUUCGGUUUGUCAAAGUCGACGCCCUUCGAUCGCCUCGCAGUCCAGCGCGAAGGCCGAUUUCUUCUCGCGUGGAAGGAGCGCCAGUGCUCAGUCCUCGAGUUGGUGGACGAGCCGGAUUCCUCCGCCUCCUCGCGCGCCGCAGCCUCGCUCGCCUCAGCGCCCUUCUACGCGCCCUCAGGGAGUAUGUGGCGGAAGUUCUGGCGGCAGCGGCCACCCGAGCCGGCUCUGUCCUCUGCGGAGUCGCCCCUGGAAUCCCUCGACCCUGCGGGCGCCGACCUCUGCGCGGCGAAGCCUGAGCCGCCCGCGGCGAGGGAGGAGGCGCGCGAGCCCUCCGCGGCAGGCAUGUCUCCGCUUCAGCCCGCCCCCCCUGUGUGCUCAGCGGCGGCGCUCGCUGCCCCGCAGCCCCCGCUGCGCCUUCGGCUCCACCUGGAGCUCCCCGUGGGCGCGCGCUUCGGCCACAGCGGCAGCAAAGUCGAGCGCUUCGUGGCCUUCGCGUUUUCUGAGGAUCCGUACCUUAGCUGGCUCGUCGUCGUGUCCCGCAGAGGCGUGAACGAACACCUCCUGUAUCUGAUCGACCUCCGCGCCGAGGAACAACGCGGCGGGGCGCUGGGGCGGGAGAUCUUCUUUGACACAGCCAUGCUUCCUGUUCCCACGCAGAUUGGUUGGAUGCCCCUGACCUCUUCGGACCUUCUCGUACUGCCUAGUCAUCGCCGCUUUCUCGCACUGCUAACCGACGCGAGCGCGCCGCACCAGGAGGAGGCGUUUGUCGCGCCUUAUGUUCACUUCACGCGCCUUACCAGCAACCGCGAACACCUCAGCCGCGCGCUGGACUUCGACAGAGACAGCACCGGAGGAAGCUGCUCUGGUGAGGACUCUUCUGACCCCGAGAACGCGUCGGAUUCCAGCAACGCCGACGCCAGCGAGGAGGCGAACGCGUUUCUGCGCGAGUUCUCUCCCUUUUCGCUGCCGUCGGGGCGACACGCCCGAGGCGUAGAGCGAGGACUCAAUGAAGAAGGGAGGCCGCGGCACCGAGACAUCUUUGCCUUCUCGCCGUUCGGCCGGCGCGACGCCGCGAGCCGCCAGAGAGAGGAUGGGGCGGGGCGAGAGGCGAGGCCGCCGAACGGCGUUGGGGGGGGGGAAGAGAACCGAACAGACUGCGCGGAAAGAAGAAAGGCGUCCAUGAGGCACUACAGGAGAAUGCGAGCAGAGCAGCGACAACGGCUGGAAGCCGCCGGCCUUGACCCCUCGCUUCACUCCAACCUGGAAGAAAAGAUUUUUUACCAGCCUCUUGAGGCCCUCAGGAAGCUGCAGAAAGCUCCGCCGAGCUGCUGGGCGACGCCCGAAGACAUCGAGAAGUGGAGGGGUGAAGAGAGCGGAAAGGCGGCAAGCAGAAACAGAGACGGCUUGUGCGCAGACGCGGAGAGCGGCGGAGCGAGUUUGUCUCUGUCUUUCUCGUCCUUCUGCGCGACCGCUGGCGGCCUCACCAGGCCCUUGUCGAAUCGCCAAAAGAUCCUCGCGCAUCUGUACGCAUCCUACAGCCGGGGCCUUGGGCCACCACAGGCCUCGAGUCCGACUUCGCCGCCGAUCUCGGCUUCUGCGCCUCUGCCUUCAUCUUCGGUCUUCUCAGCCUUUUCCGCCUUCUCGUCUUCGCCUCAGGCUGCCCUCACGCCGCAGUCCCCGGCGGCUGUCGCGGCGGGCCGCGCGGCAGCCGCGACCGUGGCGUAUCGCCAGGCGAUGCUUCUCUUCAACAACGACCACUGCCAGGCGGUUUACUGGCUAGCUGGGGACUUUGGGCCUUCUGCUGCGGACACGACGACCCCGGCGGAGGCGGUCGGCGAGGCCGUGGCCGCGGCGCACGCUCGCCUUCGCGUCUUGCCUUCGGCGGCGGCCGACCCACAGGUCUCGCGCUGGCAGCCGUCUGCGGCUCUCUCCCGUCGAGGUGCCGCAGUCGAGGCUUUGAACGGAGAGGUCUCCGCGGCAGCGUCUGGAUCCGCGUCGUCGUUUGAGGGCAUCUUGCCUUUCAGAGCGCCGACGCGGAGUCUGUUGAGCGUCGGCGACGCCAUUGGGGCCUGGCAUAUGACAGAUCUCUCCCUGUGCUGCGCGGUUGCAGCCACCACGGACAUGCAGAGUGGCCGGGCAUGGGGCGCCCAGCGCCCAGGCGGCUCAGGGGCGAGGCGGGGCGCGAUAGGGCGGCCAGAGCCCCCGGCGCCGGGCUACGAGCAGAGCCCUGAAGGCCCGCAGCCCAGCAGCUCCUUGGGGCUUGGGAGGGAAGCGCCGCGAGGCGGCAGGACCGGCAUACUUGCGCCUACGCGGGGCUUGAACGCCGAGCGCAUCAUAUCGGACGCUGCCGAUCAGGAAACCGCGAACGCGCAGCCGCACACCCCUCUGGUGGGGCGUCGCCGAAAUGGCUGCUUUCCCGAGACCCAGACGGCGAGGGGGAUGGAAGCGGAGACGUUUGCCGUGCGGUAUCCCCGUCUGGCGGGCCGGUUGGCCCACGCGCUGCAGCGGCUAGACAGCGCGCACGGGGACAGCCAAAGGGGGCAAGGAGGAGUCGGUAAAACGGCUGCUGGCUCGCGCCAAGGAGACGCGGUCGCGCGGGGCAGCGCCGAGAUUGCUUGCGAGCUGCGGCAAAGGCCAGGCGAGCACACGCCGUCAGAGGCAUCCGCGUAUGUCUAUGUGGCGCCGCCGGAAAACGCGGCGAACUGGGCGGCGAUCCGGGGAGGAGAGAAGCCGCUUGUGGGGUCUCAGGCCCCACGCGGUGGUGGCCCAUGCAACGGCCGGACGGCGUUAGGGGAGUCGCACACGGGUGCGGGGGAACUACAGCCGGGGCUAGGCGGGCGUUCGCGCAGUUACGCAGACAACGAAGCGUCGGCGGGCGUCGUGGACGACCAGCAAGAACUAAUUCACAUGCUGCGAUUGAUCCAUGACACGGUUUCCAGUGAGUCUGUAGCCCCGCCUCUCAGACUGCGGAGAAGAGAGCUGCCCUCGCACUUGACGCCAGCGGAUCUCGGGAUUGCAUCUUCGGCCGCUGGUCGACGGGAGUCCCGCACGAAGCAUGGAAGACCGGUAGCAGACGAUGAGGCCAACACUCCGCAGACAGUACCUGAAGAAGCGCUGACUCACGAAGAUAUUGCCCGGGAGCUUCUGAGGGGGAAGGAGCCCGCGCUGGUUCGUGGUAAAAAGUAUCCAAACAUUUGGAGGCUUCCGCUUUUUUUACCGGCGGACGAACGCUCUGAGAAACAGUACAGCGACCGCGAAGGCUACGAUGCUCCGACAGUCGUCGGAAGCUGUGCUUCCUUCCUUAUCAAGAAAAUGCUCAAGAAAGCUUCGCUUUUUCUCGCAUCGCGCCGCCAGUCCAGUGGCGUGCGGAACUAG